AUGGAACAGCAAUAUUCAAAAACAGCAUGCAUUCUUUGUGUUAAGCGUAAAGUAAAGUGCAAUGGAGCUAUGCCAACUUGUGGUGAAUGCAUCAAUGAAAGCUUGAGUUGUCGAUAUGAUUCCGCCACACUUGCCGAGAGAAUACGCGAUCCGUUGCACUUGCGUGAUAUAGAAGGUCGUCUGAAAAAAAUGGAGACACAGCUUGCUCGUGCUGCCGGCAAUAAGCCGACAAAGAAGCAACAACAAAUGGAUAAACGGCCGCAGCAACAGCAACAAGGAACAGUGGCAUGUAUCAACCGCGCGCCUGCCUUCCGUUUUGAAAAUGGUGGAUUAUGCAUUGAGACCGAUAUUUCCGAAGCGCACCAUUUUCUUAAAGCUUUGUUCAAAUCGGUGGAUGCAAACCAGGUCGAAGAGCGUGUUCGGGAAGUAUUUGGUCCUAUACGAUCAUUAAACAAAAGUGACCACGUUGGUGAAAGGUACGAGGCCAGCGAACAUUUACUCGAUUACCUUAUGGCAGACGAUCCAAUUGGGGACUCGUGGGUAGAUAUGGUGAUAUCAUCUCGACAUAAACGUUGCUUCAUUAUGUACCAGAUGGUCGGCCAGGAAACGAUAUCAUGUGCAACAGCCAAUUUACGUCGCCUUGCCUCAAAAAAUUGCAAACAAGAUUUACUUUUUGCCAUGUCGUUGAGAGCAUUUGUCUAUCAACAUGAAAAUGAUUCGCAUCAGGACUCUGAAUACCCUAUUCAAACAUCCAGGGGUUAUCAGUAUAUGGAGUGCGCUAAACAUCUCCUCGAAGAGUGCUAUACCACGAGCAGUCGCACCACUAUCCGCGCUUUGCUAUAUUUAUUCAACUUCCAUAUGUAUCAGCAUCCCGAGGAGGCAUUUAGGUAUGGAGAUUUGGCGGUACGAAUGGCACAGGAUCUGGAUCUACAUAAAGGAAAAGAUACGAAUGAGGAUGACCGACGACUCUGGUGGGCAGCUUACUGGUGCAAUUUAUAUGCUGCUGUGCAUUUUGAACGUCCCCUGCUGAUUCUUGAUGAUGAUAUUCAAACCGAAUUUCCUAAAAAGCUCCCAGACGAACCAUUGGAUGUCGGCUAUUGUAUCGAUUAUUGCAUCAUGUCCAUCAAAUUAUUACAGAUACAAAAGUUGAUGAUAGAUGGCUUCCGAACAAGUUAUGAUUCCAGCAUGAUCUUUCAAAAGGGAAAGGAACUCGAGGAUCAUAUGAACCAAUGGGAGUCUAUCCUCCCUCCACACGCGAGCGUAAAUGAUGAUUGCAUCGAAAAAGAUACAUUGUGCAUCGAACUUGGUAUCAUUUUGAACGCCAAAUUCCAAUACGCCAAGAUCCAACUGUAUCAAUGCCUGCUAGAUAGUCCAGGCCCCCUUGGACUUAUCGCCUCCCACAAUUGCAAUAAGGCUCUUCAAGCCGUGACAGGAAUACUUGUUCGCAAUGGUGAUAUGCUUAACAUGUGCACAUGGAAGGUCAUUAUUCCGGGCCUGCAUCAUAUACUCGUCAAAUGGCAAAAGAUCACUCAGUCCUCGAAUAUUGAGGAGAGCCUUUGGAAACUGCGUGAAAUAUUGAAGAGCCGCGUUUUUAUGUAUCUUAAGGAAUCACAAGCGAUAAUUGAAUUAAUUGAGGACAUAUCACCACACCAUGAGGAUCGAUCAGAAAACAACAGCGCGAUUACGGUUCCAGAAGGGAAGAGUCCUUCGUUAGAGCGGGUUGCCCACGCACACGAUUUCAACCCAACCAAUACCCAUCUACAUCAAGUUGGAAAGCAGCCAGUGACUAUUCCUUCAGAUGAUCCAUAUCUAAUGCAGUUUCCUAUAAUCCCAUCUUCAACGGCGGCUUUUCCUCUAACAAAUUUAGAACAAGUCAAAUGGGGUUUAAGCGAUGAAUCGCGCAAGCUGUCUCCCAAGGUUGACAACACCACCGACAACAAAAGUAACCGGUCAGAACCAGGUUAUGAGUUUACAACUGCUUUCGACCAAAGUAAUGCCAUUAAUAGUGCGCAAACAAGGGGCGACAUCGAUGCAAACCUGUUGCAAGGAAAAUGGCCAUUGAAUACCGAUUAUCGAUGGGUUUCUGAUGAUGGCACAUUAUACCCAAAGCUACUUGACGGAGUUAAACCAACAACAAAUCCUGCAGCCAUCACUGAGACGACGACUUCGCACACCACAGGUUCAAAUUGCUGGGCAAUAUCGGGACUUACCGCAGAAUCAUCAUUGCCUGCUACCAAUGAUCCUGAAGCGGAUAUUAGUUAUCGGGGGAUCACUCAUCAAAAUGCCGUAGGGUCCACCCCAGCGGCCGUUAAUAAUGGACAACUCGUGCACACAAUAAUGAUGAACCAAGGCUCGUCUUUGACGCCAAAUACAAGUGCUGCUGGAAAUCAAUACUAUAAGCCCCCAACCAUUCCUCCGUUGGGGCACCCUGCAGCUACAUUAUCAUCGAGUUUGGGUAACAACACAGUGCAAAGCUCGUAUCCAAGGGCGCAAAUUGAGAACGGUUUAUCAUCAACACUUUUGGAAGCAUCAGCGCGAUCGGCUCCAUCCUUUGAUAGCUUGGAUAUCUCUGACUGGGAAAUGGCUUGGAAUAUGUUCCCAAAUCAAACGCAAGACCGCUCUCAGUGGACAAGACGAAGUCAUGGACAAUAA